UUGCAGAUUACUUAAUAAUGCAAGAAGAAGGAAAACUACUAAAAUUCAAAGGAUUUUAUUUUCAGUCAGCCUUACUUGAUCAUGAUAUUUUAGAAAACCUGGAAGACUUUGAAAUUAGAGAUAACGACAUCUUUGUAAUAUCCUAUCCCAAAUCUGGAACUGCUUGGAUUCGGCAAAUAUUGUGCUUGAUUCAUUUCACGGACUAUCGUAACAAAACUGACACAAGGCCUCUGGAUUUAGGAGCCCCCUUCCUGGAGUACAAUGUUUCUCACGUUGACUUAGAGAAGACGCCCUCUCCUCGAAUUAUUGGUAGCCACUUACCAUAUUAUUUGGUACCAAGAGGAUUGAAGAACAAAAAAGCCAAAGUAAGACAUAGAAUUGAUUUAUCACACUAUAUUUUUUGAAGAGAAGUAUUGCCU